GUAGUUUCGCACGUUGUGUGCCACGCAAAAUCGCUGCAAAUUGGUUUGAUUUCUGAUAUAAAAGGUUGGUGAAUAAGUGUAGUGAGUGGAUAAGUAAUUUAACAGUGAAAUCGACAGCUAUGGGAAAGAAACUGGAGCGCAACGACGUUUGCCGGGUGCCGGAGAACAUCAAUUUCCCGGCCGAGGAAGAGAACGUACUGCAGCAGUGGCGUGACGAAAAAAUCUUCGAAAAGUGCAGCCAGUUGUCGAAGGGAAAGCCGAAAUAUACGUUCUACGAUGGACCGCCCUUCGCCACCGGGCUUCCUCACUAUGGACACAUCCUGGCCGGCACCAUCAAGGACAUUGUCACCAGGUACGCCUACCAGCAGGGAUACCAUGUGGACCGUCGUUUCGGUUGGGAUUGCCAUGGGCUGCCAGUGGAGUUCGAGAUCGACAAGCUGUUGAACAUCCGAGGACCCGAGGACGUGGCCAAGAUGGGAAUAGCAGCCUAUAACGCCGAGUGCCGCAAGAUCGUUAUGCGGUACGCGGAUGAGUGGGAAAACGUGGUGACGCGCGUGGGUCGGUGGAUUGAUUUCAAAAACGAUUACAAGACCUUGUACCCAUGGUACAUGGAGUCCAUUUGGUGGAUCUUUAAGCAAUUAUUCGAUAAGGGACUGGUCUAUCAGGGUGUGAAGGUUAUGCCAUAUUCCACUGCCUGUACCACAUCACUGUCUAACUUCGAGGCCAACCAAAACUAUAAGGAGGUCGUGGACCCCUGUGUGGUGGUCGCCCUGGAAGCAGUUUCGCAGCCGAACACCUUUUUCCUGGUUUGGACAACAACCCCCUGGACACUGCCCUCAAACUUUGCAUGCUGCGUCCACCCGACGAUGACAUAUGUGAAAGUGCGCGACGUGAAGAGUGACAGGCUCUUUAUUCUCGCAGAAUCCCGCCUUUCCUACGUCUACAAAUCGGAGGAAGAGUACGAGGUUAAGGAGAAGUUUGUGGGCAAGACUCUUAAGGAUCUGCACUACAAGCCACUAUUUCCGUACUUUGCGAAACGUGGUGCCGAAGUUAAGGCUUACCGCGUUUUGGUCGACGAGUACGUCACUGAGGAUUCCGGUACGGGUAUUGUUCACAAUGCUCCGUAUUUCGGAGAGGACGAUUACCGCGUGUGCCUGGCGGCGGGACUGAUCACAAAAUCCAGCGAAGUUCUCUGCCCUGUUGACGAAGCGGGAAGGUUUACCAAGGAGGCAUGCGAUUUCGAGGGCCAAUACGUCAAGGAUGCUGACAAGCAAAUCAUGGCAGCGUUGAAGACACGGGGCAACUUGGUGUCCAGUGGCCAGGUUAAGCAUAGUUAUCCCUUCUGCUGGCGGUCAGAUACUCCGCUAAUCUACAAGGCUGUUCCAUCCUGGUUUGUCCGUGUCGAACACAUGUCGAAAAAUCUGCUGGACUGCAGUUCCCAAACGUACUGGGUGCCCGACUUCGUCAAGGAAAAACGAUUUGGCAACUGGUUAAAAGAAGCUAGAGAUUGGGCUAUCUCCCGUAAUAGGUACUGGGGUACUCCCAUUCCCAUCUGGAGGUCGCCCAAUGGGGAUGAGACCGUUGUUAUUGGCAGCAUAAAGCAGCUGGCUGAGCUAUCGGGAGUUCAGGUUGAGGAUUUGCAUCGCGAAAGCAUCGAUCACAUUGAAAUUCCAUCCGCAAUUCCCGGAAAUCCUCCACUGCGUCGCAUAGCUCCUGUAUUUGACUGCUGGUUCGAAUCCGGCUCUAUGCCGUUCGCACAACAGCACUUCCCAUUCGAAAACGAGAAGGACUUUAUGAACAACUUCCCGGCCGACUUCAUAGCAGAGGGCAUAGAUCAGACCCGCGGCUGGUUCUACACACUCCUUGUGAUUUCGACGGCACUGUUUAACAAAGCGCCUUUCAAGAACCUUAUUGCCAGCGGCUUGGUCUUGGCUGCAGAUGGUCAGAAGAUGUCAAAACGCAAGAAGAACUAUCCCGAUCCUAUGGAGGUGGUCCAUAAAUAUGGAGCUGAUGCCCUCCGACUGUAUCUUAUCAAUUCACCUGUAGUAAGGGCAGAGAGCCUGCGUUUUAAGGAAGAAGGAGUGCGAGACAUCAUCAAGGAUGUGUUCUUGCCCUGGUACAACGCAUACCGGUUCUUGCUGCAAAAUAUUGUCCGGUAUGAGAAGGAGGACUUGGGAGGAAAGGGUCAAUACACUUAUGAUCGUGAACGGCAUUUAAAGAAUAUGGACAAGGCAUCCGUUAUUGAUGUUUGGAUUUUGUCCUUUAAAGAAUCUUUACUGGAGUUCUUUGCCACUGAAAUGAAAAUGUAUCGGCUAUACACUGUCGUGCCAAGGCUGACAAAGUUCAUUGAUCAAUUAACAAACUGGUAUGUUAGACUUAACCGCCGUCGCAUCAAGGGUGAAUUGGGAGCUGAGCAAUGCAUUCAAUCAUUAGAUACGCUGUAUGAUGUUCUCUACACAAUGGUCAAAAUGAUGGCUCCUUUUACGCCGUACCUUACGGAAUAUAUAUUCAAGCGGUUGGCAUUGUUCCAGCCACCAGGAUCCUUGGAGCACGCUGACUCGGUUCACUAUCAAAUGAUGCCCGUCAGCCAGAGCAAGUUUAUUCGCAGCGAUAUUGAACGCUCGGUGGCUUUAAUGCAAUCGGUUGUCGAAUUGGGUCGUGUCAUGCGGGAUAGACGAACCUUGCCUGUUAAGUAUCCUGUUUCGGAGAUUAUAGUUAUUCACAAAGAUUCACAAACGUUGGAUGCUAUUAAGAGCUUGCAGGACUUCAUUCUUAGCGAACUUAACGUUCGAAAACUUACACUGAGCUCUGACAAGGAAAAAUACGGUGUUUCAUUGAGAGCAGAGCCUGAUCACAAGGCGCUCGGUCAGAGACUGAAGGGCAAUUUUAAAUCGGUUAUGGCUGCUAUCAAAGCCCUAAAGGAUGAGGAAAUUCAGAAGCACGUUUCACAGGGCUACUUCAACAUUUUGGAUCAGAGAAUUGAACUUGAUGAAGUUCGUAUAAUUUACUGCACCUCUGAACAGGUGGGAGGAAACUUUGAAGCCCACAGCGAUAAUGAUGUGUUGGUUCUGCUGGACAUGACACCAAACGAGGAGUUGCUCGAAGAGGGUUUGGCUCGUGAAGUCAUUAAUCGGGUUCAGAAAUUGAAGAAGAAGGCUCAACUUAUACCGACUGAUCCGGUUCUUAUCUUCCAUGAGCUUACUACUGACAACAAAGCUAAGAAGGAGACUUUGGAGGCUCAGGCUCAACUAACCAAAGUGUUAGCCAGCUAUGCAAGUAUGAUCAAGACGGCCGUUAAGUCCGAGUUUGGUCCGUAUUCAUCUGAAAAGGCUGCCAAGAAACGGUUAAUAGCUAGUGAGCUUUUUGAUCUCAAAGGAGUCCCCUUAAAGUUGACCAUUUGCUCUACCGAGGAACUGCAGCUUCCUAGCCUUCCUUGGUUAAAUGUUACCUUGACUGAAGACUUGAUCCCGCGGUUCGGAAACAGCAAUAAAGCGUCUCUAUUUCUGCAGCACAACGUUACCAAGGAAGUUAUAUCACUGCCUACGCUUCGCAGCGAGCUAGAGCAUUUGUUUGGUCUAUAUGGAGUCAAUUUUAAUAUCCACGUUGUGGAUCAGCAAAAGAAGAUUACCGAACUAAAGUUUGUCGAUAAGAAUCUUAGUGGAAAACUGUUGGUUCUAUCUCGCAGUCAGGAUGCACUGAAACAGUCAGCGGGCUAUGAAAUAGUUCCAGCUCCUUAUUCCAAGUUCGUCAAUCAGCCUUCCGGAAAUGCUGUCUUUACGGAAAACCCCUUGGGACGCACCUUAAGUUAAAUAUUAAACAUCCGUAUACUUUGGUGCCUAAAUGAAAACGAAAAUAAAAUAUACGUUGCCAACUUUUUGAAAAAGUUGUAAGCGUCUUUUAACAAUAAUAUUUAUUUGUUCUGGUUUAAACAGAGAUUACUAUUUCAUGUUGGAAAUAAACGAACUGAAUGGUGUUUACUCAAAA